UCUAGUUUGUAUAUAAGUAAUUUUUUCCAUUAAGAAGUCUAUUAUCAAUAAUAUUUUGCAAAAUGAUGAUGAACGCAUUUGUUGAUCCAUCGACAAAUCAUUUAGCGUCAUAUGGAUUACGUAUGUCUCCAAAUACAACACAACAACAGCAGCACCAGCAACAACAGCAACAGCAGCAACAGCAACAACAAAUGCAACAACAGCAACAACAACAGCAAACACAUGAUAGUUUGGAAAACAGCUUGAUGUCUACGGCAAUGGGUUUAGGUGGUGGUACACCUGAUAUGUCAUCUUCAGCAUCAUACCAAAAUACUGGUUAUGGGCAUAUGGGGCACAUGACAACACAAUUGGGUUCAUAUUCACCAAGGGAUUUCUUGUUACGUGGUCGCGAUAAUGAUUAUAUGACAUCGGCAGCAGCUGGUUCAGCUUCGGCUGUUGCAGCGGUUGCUGCACCAACGGCAACUACUAGUACUGAUUCAAUGUUAUUUCCUGGUUAUCCAACAAUGCAUGAUCAAUCGACAGCAUUUGGGCAGCAUCCAGCCUUUCAUCAUCAUCACCAUCAUCAGCAAAUGCGUAUGGCAAGUAUUGCAACAGCAGAUGCGUAUGCUGCACAUCCAUAUCAUCCAGCACAUCCAGCAAAUCACCAAACACAUUUCCCGUCGGUACAUCAUCAUCAUGCUGCUGCAGCACAUGCAAUGUCCGCCAUGAAUCCAAGUGCUGGUGCAUUUUUUCGCUAUAUGCGACAUCAACCAGCUGUAACAUCCGCAAUUAAACAAGAAAUGCAAUGCUUGUGGGUUGAUCCGGAUCAACCGAUGGGACCACAAGGUCGUAAAACAUGCAAUAAAAUUUUCAAUUCAAUGCAUGAAAUUGUUAGUCAUCUAACAGUUGAACAUGUUGGCGGGCCAGAAUGUACAACUCAUGCAUGCUAUUGGAUCGGUUGUAGUCGUAAUGGUAGACCAUUUAAAGCCAAAUAUAAAUUAGUUAAUCAUAUUAGAGUGCAUACUGGUGAGAAACCGUUUGCAUGUCCUUUUAGUGGAUGUGGAAAAGUUUUUGCUAGAAGUGAAAACUUAAAAAUUCACAAGCGAACACAUACUGGUGAAAAACCUUUUAAAUGUGAACAUGAAGGUUGUGAUCGAAGAUUUGCAAAUUCAUCAGAUCGUAAGAAACACUCGCAUGUUCACACAUCCGAUAAACCAUAUAAUUGUCGUGUUAAUGGCUGUGAUAAAUCAUACACUCAUCCAUCAUCAUUAAGGAAGCAUAUGAAAGUCCACGGUACAACGGAUGAGAAAUCUCCAACACAUCAUGGUUAUGAUAGUGAAGGGGAAGAAUCAAGUUCAUCAAGCAUUGUAACUGGUGGGGCACAGACACCCCCAUCAGCAUCAUCACGCCUCGGCAAUAAUACCAACAAUAAUAAUAAUAGUAAUAAUAAUAACAAUAAUGAUAGUAAUAUGAAUGUUCUUAAAACAUCACCAUUAUCAUCAAUUAAACAAGAAAAUAGUUUAUUACAUCAUCAUCACCAUCAUCCACAUCAUUCGCAUCACCACCACCAUCAUCAUUUAUUAAGUAAUCAAAGUGGUACUGUUGGUGGUUUAACAACAUCACAUAAUAAUUCAAAUAGCUCAAAAUCACCAGCAUCAUUAUCAUCACCAUCAUCAAUAUCAUCAACAACAGGUGGAACAUCAUCGUCAUCAUUAUUACAUUCGUCGUAUUUGCAUACACCAUUAGGCCCGCCACCAGCAUUAUCAGCAACAAGUCAUCCACAUCACCAUCCCCAUCAUCCACAUCAUCCACAUGUAUCGCCAUCAGCAUCAGUAUCACCUGGUAGCACGGCUGCUGUUUCUGCUUUAGUAAGUGGGCAUCAUCAUAAUCAUCAUUUGUUAUAUCAUCCGUCACAACAUCAUCCAGCGACAACAGCUGAUUGGUAUCAUUCAGCUGCUGCUGCUCAAACAACAACAGAUACAAUGAAUCAUCCAUUGAAUCAUUUUGGACAUCAUCACCAUCAUCAUGCAUUAAUGCAUCCCGGUGCUGCAACCGCAUAUUGAAAUUAGUCGUAAAUUAGAAAUUUCUUUUUUUUUUUUUUUUUGUAGAUUAUUAUUUUUCGUUUAUAACUUUUUCAAUUAUUUAAUGCAUUUUAAUUAUUUUGAACUCUAAAUUAAGUUUAAAUAGUCUGCUUUGUAUAAAAUUUUAAAAUACAUAUAAAUUAAUAAUUAUAAAGUUAAACUAUAUAAAAUAUAAAAAUUAAUUUAAAAAAAUGCAAAAAUUCACUCUAAUUUCUUUAGAUUA